UUAUAUUUACCAAGGGUGCCAAUAUUAGUGGAGGGCUCUGUAUAUUGUCAUAUGAUAUAUACUGUAUUGAAGUAGCACCAACGAAGCACGUGCUCCACUUCUGGGCAAGAGCCAUGCCAAGCAAAUACGCCUUGUUUUCAGUGGCUCACCCAGUGCAUGAAUAUCCUUCAUACAUCCUGUUUAAGGACAGCCACACCUAAGGCAGAAAGAACAUCUUCCUUACAAGGUGCUCUCAGGACAGCCUGAAUUUGUUUUUUUGUUUUUUUUUUAGGAUUGAUCUUAGACUAGGGGUCUUAUAGAUCUGAGUGCAGCAUGUGCCAAAAGUUGUUCCCCAUGUACUGCAUGUAUUGAUUAAUGCAUGAUUAAAGCUUGCUAGCUUGUAGGACUUUCCUGCAAGGUUGAAGUUCUCUUUACUGGAGAACAAUGAAUCAGAAAGGGAUAUCAGUGAGAGAUAACACCAUUGGUGGGCCGAGCUGUGAGCAGAAACCAGGCUCUUAUAUUGCUGCCGAAUUUUGGGCCCAACCCAUUUUUCUUAGGGUAGGUAUAUGUGUGCUCUGUUUGAUUUAGUCACUCAUUACUGCUGAUCACGCUCUCAGAACCUGGAUUACUGUUCAGAGUUUCAGGACAAACUACUGCCUAAGUGGGCAAAAAAGCCAGACGAACAUUAGAAAGGCUUUCAGAUUAUUUUUUCCAAGAUGGGGAAUAGGCAGUCUGUUACAAUAACACAUCCAAAGGCGGAGCACGAUGUAAAACAUGUUAAAAAAGACGAAGCAAAUGGGCACGCGAUACCUGGUUUGGAUUUGACUGACGCUGUAACCUGUGUGACAUCAGUGCAGCAGAACAUUGAACCUCCUCCUGUGACUGUCGCAAUUAACGUCAAGCCAACACCAGCAUCAGUAGAAGCUAAUGGCACCAAAGCAAAAGGUCCGACUGUGUCUGUGGAAGCAGCUGGUAACCAGGUCAGUGCUACAACUGUAUCAGCUGAACAAAAAAUUCCAGCAGAGUCCAGUACGCCAGCCAAAGACACACCGAAACAAGCUGAGACUGCCAGCGUGUUCAAUAAGAUGUUCAAGAAGAAGACCGGACCUGUUUCUCCUGCAUCUGAGGCUAAUGUGGCAGCCGAAGUAGUGAUCGUCCCUGAAGUACAGACCGACAGCCAGAAGUCUAAGCCAACACCAGCAUCAGUAGAAGCUAAUGGCACCAAAGCAAAAGGUCCGACUGUGUCUGUAGAAGCAGCUGGUAACCAGGUCAGUGUUACAACUGUAUCAGCUGAACAAAAAAUUCCAGCAGAGUCCAGUACGCCAGCCAAAGACACACCGAAACAAGCUGAGACUGCCAGCGUGUUCAAUAAGAUGUUCAAGAAGAAGACCGGACCUGUUUCUCCUGCAUCUGAGGCUAAUGUGGCAGCCGAAGUAGUGAUCGUCCCUGAAGUACAGACCGACAGCCAGAAGUCUCCAACACCAGCAUCAGUAGAAGCUAAUGGCACCAAAGCAAAAGGUCCGACUGUGUCUGUGGAAGCAGCUGGUAACCAGGUCAGUGUUACAACUGUAUCAGCUGAACAAAAAAUUCCAGCAGAGUCCAGUAUGCCAGCCAAAGACACACCGAAACAAGCUGAGACUGCCAGCGUGUUCAAUAAGAUGUUCAAGAAGAAGACCGGACCUGUUUCUCCUGCAUCUGAGGCUAAUGUGGCAGCCGAAGUAGUGAUCGUCCCUGAAGUACAGACCGACAGCCAGAAGUCUCCAACACCAGCAUCAGUAGAAGCUAAUGGCACCAAAGCAAAAGGUCCGACUGUGUCUGUGGAAGCAGCUGGUAACCAGGUCAGUGUUACAACUGUAUCAGCUGAACAAAAAAUUCCAGCAGAGUCCAGUACGCCAGCCAAAGACACACCGAAACAAGCUGAGACUGCCAGCGUGUUCAAUAAGAUGUUCAAGAAGAAGACCGGACCUGUUUCUCCUGCAUCUGAGGCUAAUGUGGCAGCUGAAGUAGUGAUCGUCCCUGAAGUACAGACCGACAGCCAGAAGUCUAAGCCAACACCAGCAUCAGUAGAAGCUAAUGGCACCAAAGCAAAAGGUCCGACUGUGUCUGUGGAAGCAGCUGGUAACCAGGUCAGUGUUACAACUGUAUCAGCUGAACAAAAAAUUCCAGCAGAGUCCAGUACGCCAGCCAAAGACACACAGAAACAAGCUGAGACUCCCAGCGUGUUCAAUAAGAUGUUCAAGAAGAAGACCGGACCUGUUUCUCCUGCAUCUGAGGCUAAUGUGGUAGCCGAAGUAGUGAUCGUCCCUGAAGUACAGACCGACAGCCAGAAGUCUGAGCCUACAGACAUAAAGGCAAAUACACAGACUGAGAAAGAGCCACAGGGUGAAGCUCCCAAACCCAGCACCACUGAGGUCACGCAAGACAGCACCCAAUCUGAGCAGACCAGCACCGAGGAAAAGUCAGUUAUGAACUUUUUCAAAACACUUGUGACUUCAACCAAAACAACGAAAGAAGCGACGGCUAGUCCGGAUGUCUCAAAACAACAGUCACAGAAAGAAACUCCACCAGCUCCAGCUGCAAAUGUACAGGAAGCAUCAAAGAUCCCCCCUCCUCCACCACCAGCACCACCCAAGAUGGAGAGUAAAGUAGAGCCAGCUGUAAAGAAAGAGGAGGCCCCACCAAUAGACGUAGCAGCCGCCGCAGCCAAAGAACCAGAAACCCCCAGCAAGGCCAAAACUAAAGACAGCCCAUUCGGCAAACUCUUCCGUACAAAGUCUGGGGUGAAAGAGGAACCAAAGCCAGUUGAGAUACAGGUAGAUGCGUCCAAGACCAGCACCCUUGAGGCCGGCGCCAAACCCGAACCCCCUCCAGCACCCAAACCAGAAGAAAAGAAAGCAGAGAAGAAGCCCUCACCUUUCGCCAACUUGCUCAAACCAAAGGCUGCAGAGUCCAAGAAGGAAGCCCCUACAGCCCCCACUGCACCUGCAGAGGCUACCCCAAGCACCAAGGCCAAAGAAGAGCCCAAACCAGCAGCUGUUGCUGCUGCUCCUGCUGCGGCCUCUCCAGACAACAAGUCGGUGGGGAGUACAGAUAAUUCUUCACCCAGCACCUCCCGCAAACUAGAGAAGAGGAACUCCAUCCAUCUGUUCUUUAAAAGCUUGGGUCAAAAACGCCACUCUGAUGCCGGAGUGCAAACGGAGCCAGUGGCACAGGAGAAGGCCAAAUAAAAACCUUGCUUUGGUUUCAUCGUCUGCACAGAAAACACGCAUCGCUUGUACAUAUGUAUCCUUAUCUGAAUGUCCUGACCAGAGACCAGGGAUUAAUUCCUAUUUAAUCUCCACUACUUGAGGUGAACUGAGAACUAAAGUAUCUUAAAACUGGCCAUUCCAAUUAUUCAUUCCCAUUCCCAACACUUUCUUGGGUUGUCCUUUAAUACUAUCAAAGUCACAUAGAAAUGGUUGGUUCUUUAACGGUUUGCAAGAGGUAUGUUGAAACGCAAUCGAACGGCUUAAAGCUUUGCAUGUUUUGCAAGAUUUUUUUUUUUAUAGAACGUGUGAUGGAAGAGAGCUGAAAAAGGGGGAUUACGCAACAUUACAAUGGCAUGCUGUUCCUCUUAAACAGGAACAUUAAUGUAAACGUCAAGCCUGUCUAUACCGUCACUCUGUAACUCCUCAAUAUGGUCUUGAUCGCAUAUCAUGCAGGAUGUAUUACAACCACUGUCUUGUUUCCAGCUUCUGCAUUUUUUUUUUUUUAAAUGGAACAUCUGAUAUAUUUUUUUUUGCACAUUUGUGCACAAUAAUCAUUCAUACGGCUGUAAAAACAAUCUGCAAAGGCUUACUCUUUCCAUUACAGCGCUUCAUCAAAACCUCUGACAUCACUCAUUUGUUGUGUAGUGGUGACAAUACUUAAAAAUGAUCUCUUAAAUCAUUCAGAACCAUUGGCCGUCGCUAGUAUUUCAUGCUAACGCGUAUUUUUAACAUAUCGUCAUGUCAGACUAUUGCAUACAGGCUUCAUUAUUGAAUAGGUUAGUUAUCAGCUUUUCAAAAUGGGCACUCCUUUAUUAUUUUUUUUUUUUUUUGGUACUACUGAAAACAUAUGCUAUCUGUAACCAAGCCUUUACUAACUAUAUGGAAUAUACUGAAGUUAGCACACUGUUCAUAUGGGGUGGAAUCCAUCUGGUUUCUCUUACUCGCUUACUGAAUUCUCACUAGCUUUUGGUGGAUCCAGUUUAAUUGCUUUCUGUGAAAUGGUAUUGAGUAUGAGAAUUUCCUUCUACUCUUACUGCACAUGUCCCAAUUUCACAUGUUCUGAAUUUUAUUUCUGAAUUUGAGAGACACAGACUUGCAUUACAAUUUUUUUUUUUUUUUUUUUUUUUGUGCUUGUAAUCAACUAAUGUUAAAAAUGAAAUCUGUCUCUGUAAUUGUAAUUAUGCAGUCUUUGUUAAUAAAAUGUAAGGGUACAACACAA